UCUACCUGUAGUGUGCAGGUAGCUCCCCGAUCGUGUAAGCCCCAUCAUAUAUACAGUUAGUUACCUUCGAGUUGCUGCGACGAGCGGUCGCAGUCCAAUUUUACUCUGAGCAACUCUCGGCGGUCGAUCCAUAAUACUUCAAGUUCAUUCUAAAAUAUCGCCAUCUCCGUCUUUCCCAUUCGAUUUUGUAACCGUCAUGUCAGAUACUUUCCCUGCCGCCCGAUCAGAUGUGUCAAAGCGAUCUUAGAAAAACGGAAAAUUGAAAAAUUACCGUAAAAAAUGACUGAAAAACCGCAUGAACAAGUCGGAAAUGAAAUUGAUCCGUCCUUUGUGCGUCGGGAUGAGAUAAAGUUUUUCCAUACUUAUCAAGUUUCUCAGAUAGUUGUUUAAAAUUUAAACAAAAUUAGGAGAUUUUUCUCUUAAAAACAAAGAAAAUGGAAGACGAUGAUGUUUCCGUCCGGGUAGCAGUCAGGAUAAGGCCCCAAACUCCUCGUGAAAUAAUUGACAUGUGUCAAGUAUGCACUUCAGUCACACCAAAUGAACCCCAGGUCACCUUAGGCAAUGACAAAUCGUUCACUUACAACUAUGUGUUCGAUACGGACUCCCAACAGGAAUAUAUUUACGAAAACUGUGUUGCUAACUUGAUAGAAUCAUCGCUUGAGGGGUACAAUGCCACAGUCCUUGCCUAUGGACAGACAGGGUCAGGGAAAACCUACACGAUGGGAACGGGGUUCGAUGUUGAGCUUCCUAACGAACAAAAGGGUAUUAUCCCAAGGGCUAUACAUCACCUUUUUGAUGGUAUUAGAUCUCGAAUAGAUAAGGCUCACGAAAGCGGCAUUUUGGCGCCCGAAUUUAAGGUCACAGUUCAAUUCAUGGAGCUUUAUAAUGAGGAAAUAAUUGAUUUAUUCAAUCCGUCUUAUACAAAGGAAAAGAUUUAUAAAAUUCACGAAGACCCUUACGGAGGCAUCCAAGUAAAAGGAGUCACUUUUAAGACGGUACAAACAGCAGAAGAAGCUUUACGAUGCCUAAAAUUGGGAGCAUUAUCGCGAACAACUGCCAGCACUCAGAUGAACACACAGUCUUCUCGGUCGCAUGCUGUAUUUACCUUACAUAUUAAGCAACAAAGACUGGUCCCAUCUGACGAUGAAAACAUCGUUUCGAACGAAUUCGAAACGCUUACUGCCAAAUUCCAUUUUGUCGACUUGGCAGGAUCUGAAAGACUGAAAAGAACCGGAGCUACAGGCGAAAGACAGAAAGAAGGAAUUUCUAUAAACUGCGGCUUACUAGCUUUGGGGAACGUUAUCUCAGCUUUGGGUGACAAAACUAAACGCGCUUUACACAUACCUUAUAGAGAUUCGAAGCUUACGAGGCUUUUACAGGAUAGCCUGGGUGGGAAUAGUCAAACUGUGAUGAUUGCCUGUGUUAGUCCCAGUGACAGCGACUUCAUGGAAACGUUAAACACGUUGAAGUAUGCCAACCGGGCGCGUAAUAUUAAAAAUAAAAUAUUUAUCAACCAGGACAAGAGCUCGAAGACUAUCAGUCAACUGCGACAGCAAAUUGCACAGCUGCAGCUUGAACUAGUCGAAUACAAACAAGGCAAAAGGAUAAUCAGGGACGACGGAACCGAAACCGUCAACGAUAUGUUUUACGAAAACAAUAUGCUCCAAGGCGAAGUAAAUAACUUAAGAACUAGAGUAAAGGCAAUGCAAGAAACUAUCGAUGCUCUAACGCUUAAAAAUACUAAUCUACUAGCGGAAAAAGCAAUGGGAGGUUGGAUUAACAGCGGAACUAACAGUGAGGUCGCUGACAUGAUUCAAGCAUACCUCAAAGAAAUUGAAGAAUUAAGAGCGAAAUUAGUCGAGUCUACGCACACCUGCGAGCAGCUUAGAAAACAACUCAGUAGAUCGCACAGCCCUCACAGGUACAGCCUAAUGUUAAAUUCUAGUCUCAUAGAUGAUAACGCCUCUCUAUUAGAAGAAGCUAAAAGAAACCUAUUACGAGAAAAAGAAGCACUAAACAGAAGAUCUCUCGAGUUAGAUCAAGAAAGUGAUGGCGAAAGUGAACACGAAUCCACUAGCGAAAACGAAGAUAUCAACAAAGAAUUAAAUGAAGAACUUAUAACUCUGACAAACGAUAUAGACAUGAAACAAAAACUUAUUGACGAGCUUGAGCUGUCUCAAAGACGAAUGCAGACGAUGAGACAGCAUUAUGAAGAUAAACUAAUGCAGUUGCAACUUCGCAUCCAAAACACUCAAGAAGAAAGAGAUAAAAUGCUUCAUAAAUACAACACUUAUUCAGAACCGUCAGACAAAAUUAAGAAAAUCAAGGAAGAUUACACUAGGAAAAUUAGCGAUAUGCAAAAAGAAUUGAAGAAACUCCAAACAGCUCAGCGAGAACACGUGCGUUUGAUAAAAAACAAUUCUCAGCACGAACAACAAAUUAAAUCCUAUAAAGACGAAUUGCUAGAAAUGAAACGUGCCAAAGUACGAUUGAUAAAUAAAAUGAAAGAGGAGGCCCAAAAACACAAGGAGGCAGAGUUACGAAGGGAGAGAGAAAUUGCUAAGUUGAAAAAAGAAUCUAGGAAAAAUGCCAAUGUAAUUAAAAGCAUGGAAAACGAAAGGAGAAUAAAAGAUCAAGUACUAAAACGAAAACAAGAAGAAGUAUCUGUUUUAAGAAAAAGUCAGAGAGGUAGACUAAGCCUGAAAGCUGCAGGUAGAGUGGCAACUAAAGCAUUCUCGGAAAAAACGGCGAAACAAAAAUGGAUACAAGUAGAAAAAUCCAUAAACAACAUAGCUUUAAGCAGAAAAGGAUUAGUAGACCAAGAAGUGAGAAUGGAACAUUUCCUUGAAAAACGUGAAGCCUUAGGUCGAGAACUGGAGAUACUUGAGGAACGGAGAAAUCAGGCUAUUCAAAAAGGUCAGGACAUUACCCAACUGGACAGCUAUAUCGAAGAUAUAAAAGAAAACAUAAAUUAUGUUCAAGAAACCAUCAGCGAAACGCAACAUAAUGUAAUGGAUAUAGAGAAAACGCAAGAUCCAGCUGAUACCGCCGGUUUAGAACAGAUAAUCGCUACAGUCUACGAUGUAGACGAGGCAAGGUAUAUUAUUCAAAAAUUGUAUAACAUGACUUUAGCGCAAAGCCACAGUGUGGCCCAAAGGGACGCCAAACUUAGGGAGAAUGAGGCCAAUCUUGCAGAGCUACAACAAGAAGCAAACGUUAAAGGGCAACUUCUUGACCACUUACUUCAUAACGAAAUCCCUAUUUUCUCAAAAGAACUGAUAACGAGUGUUUCCAGUAAUACCAACGAGACUGCCAGUUCAAAUUCUUCCAGAUCUUCCUCUCCUGUCCCAACAGAUAGUCAUUUACAAAUUCCAGAACCUCAAGUACAACAAAACAGAUCAAAAGUUAGGAGAAGAACAGCACAGCCCUCAGAAAUGCUGUUUGGGCUUCAUUCUCCUGACAUGACCCAUUCACGUGAUUCACACAGUUUGUUUAGCUUAGAUUGCAAUUUACAAAGAGUGCCUAGUCUUUCAGGAAGUCUUAAAUUGAAUUCCUGAUGAUCCAUAAAGUUAGUGUCUGUAGUGAAAAUGAUAAUGAAGGGUUCUCUAAGAACACCAGGUCCAUAUUUUCUGGAAGUUCUGUCAACCGAUGUGAAUUCUACUUACCACCUUCCUGUUCUUGUUCCAUAUUGUUAAAAUUAAUCGUUUUCUUGUCAAUUUUAUUAUUACUACUAUUAAUGUUGUUAAUAAUUUUAUGAUGUUUAAUGACUAUUUAUAUUCUAAUUUUAAGUGAAAGAAAGUGUAUUUAUCAACUGACCUGUAAUAAUUGUUUUAGUAAGUAUUGGUUUUUAAUUGAAA